GACAAUUCGUGCAGCUUCACUGUCAUCAUGCGUAUAAUUUCCACUCGGGCUCAGACCAUUGGUGGGUGUCUCGGCAAGGAUGGAAUAUGACCAACUGGGGUGGGGCUCCGACCAACAGCUCCCAGUGCGCAUGCGGCGUGCAAGGCCGGUGUGAUAAAUCAGGAAGGGAUUGUAACUGCAACAUAAAUGAUUAUGAAUGGCGAAGCGACGAGGGGUACCUGGACGAUAAGCGCUAUCUACCAGUGAAACAAGUGUCAGUCAGAGACGUGGAUGGUGAAGAAGAGAUAGCAUCCUUAAUGGUGAAACCGAUGGAAUGCUAUGGGGUUUUUCAGAAAAGAAAGUAUGUAUAGCAUUUCCGAG